GGACUCUAACCAAUGGAGUGAAGGAGGUUUGGCUAACCUUAGCCUCCCAUUUUCUCUCUCCCCCCGCGAUGCAGGGUUCUGACCAGUCAGUCGCCUUUGAUUAUCAGUUGCCAGCAGCCCCUCUCUUGGCUCCUUGACACGAGCACCAUAUAAGGCGCAGCGAUCUCCAUAGAAACGUGUCAGUUUCAAUAGUAGUGUCAAAGUUCACUAUAUACAGACAUUCGCGCAGAUCUCCGUUUCGGAAACAUUGCUCCGCUGGUACUCCGUUAAAACGCAUUCUUUUUUGGGGGGGUCUCGGUUUCGUACAUAUUCCAUCAGGUUUUUUUUUCUUCUUCUUCUUUUCCUUGCUCUGUUCCUACUGGAGAGGUGAAACUAAAUGGGCACUCCGACGACGUUGUUGUUGUUUUUUUCUGCUGGACCAGAUGAGCUUUAUUCAUGAACAUAGAUAGCGAAAUCCGUUCUUCAGUGUUGCCUCCUCUUCAAUCGCGAAGACGGAGAGAGGAGCAAGGAAGAAAAAAAGAAGGGAAUUUAUUUUGCACAGCACCUUGGAUCUGCGAGCAACAGAAAGCCAUUCUUUUUGCUUCAGCAUCAAUGUGAAGAAUUUUCAUUGCGACAUUUUUUAAGAAAACUGGUUUCUUUUCAUAACGUCUGGGAUCGCUUUCUCGAUACGCGAUUGGGUUCCCGAAUGGCUGGCUGCAAUUUACCUUGGAACUGGCCUCCUGACAAUUGCAUAUCCUGAUCGGGUGUCUUUCUAUCUUCUCCAGUAUUUUGAAUGUAUUUAAUCAUUUUCUGCUCCUACUUUUUUCUAUGAGAUUGAGUGCUCCGAUCUGACUUCGCGCUGCCGUUCGUCCAAGGCUUCCCUUUUCCCUGCUCCGAUAUCCGAGCGACCAGUUCGCUUGAAAGCACUUUUCGGGCCCGAGAUAUGGCAAUGGUAGUUAGCGUUUGGCGAGAUCCGCAGGAAGACGUGGCCGGAGGACCUCCGAGCGGCCCCAAUCCAGCAGCUCAGCCGGCGAGGGAGCAACAGCAGGCGGCGUCAGCAGCACCACACACUCCGCAAACACCCAGUCAGCCAGGACCCCCGUCCACACCGGGCACGGCUGGCGACAAGGGCAGUCAAAAUUCUGGACAGAGUCAGCAGCAUAUAGAAUGUGUUGUUUGCGGGGACAAAUCGAGCGGCAAGCACUAUGGUCAAUUCACCUGCGAGGGAUGCAAAAGUUUCUUCAAGAGGAGUGUCCGAAGGAACUUAACAUAUACAUGUCGUGCCAACAGGAACUGUCCUAUUGACCAGCAUCAUCGUAAUCAGUGCCAAUAUUGUCGGCUAAAGAAGUGCUUAAAAGUGGGCAUGCGGCGGGAAGCGGUUCAGCGAGGAAGAAUGCCUCCAACCCAACCGAACCCGGGCCAAUAUGCGCUAACGAACGGGGAUCCUCUGAACGGGCAUUGUUAUCUCUCCGGAUACAUCUCGUUACUGCUGCGGGCCGAGCCUUAUCCUACGUCUCGCUAUGGCAGCCAGUGCAUGCAGCCCAAUAAUAUUAUGGGGAUCGAGAACAUCUGUGAGCUCGCAGCUCGCCUGCUCUUCAGUGCUGUGGAAUGGGCGAGGAACAUCCCUUUCUUUCCAGACCUGCAGAUCACCGACCAGGUGUCCCUGCUCAGACUGACAUGGAGCGAGUUGUUUGUGCUAAACGCGGCGCAGUGCUCCAUGCCCCUGCAUGUGGCCCCGCUGCUCGCCGCUGCCGGCCUGCACGCUUCGCCGAUGUCGGCCGACCGCGUUGUGGCCUUCAUGGAUCACAUUCGUAUCUUCCAGGAGCAGGUGGAGAAGCUCAAAGCUCUGCACGUCGAUUCCGCAGAGUACAGCUGCAUCAAGGCAAUAGUGCUUUUCACGUCAGACGCUUGCGGCCUGUCGGAUGCCGCGCACAUCGAGAGCCUGCAAGAGAAGUCUCAGUGCGCCCUGGAGGAGUACGUGAGGAGCCAGUACCCGAACCAGCCCAGUCGCUUCGGCAAGCUUUUACUGCGGCUGCCUUCUCUGCGCACAGUCUCUUCGUCAGUAAUUGAACAGCUGUUCUUCGUUCGCUUGGUAGGUAAAACUCCCAUUGAAACCCUCAUCAGGGAUAUGUUAUUAUCCGGGAGCAGCUUCAACUGGCCCUACAUGUCCAUUCAAUGAUCCGAAUGAGCGAAUGAAACAAAAAGACUAAAGGACCAAAAUUCUGCAACCCCUUUCAAGAAGACUAUAUAUAGGACCUAAUUUCUGACCACUUAGGAAGACACUUUUUUUUUUUUUUUUUUUUUUUUUUUUGUCUUCUGGGACCGAAAUGGAAUAUGUAAUGUACAAAGAUUAAAGGACUGGACUUGCUCCGUGUAAAUCCAUUGUCAACUCGUCAUCAAGAACACUCUUCAUUUUGUAAAACACUAGUCUUUUUUUUUUCUUCUUUUUUUCUUUCUUCUUUGUAAAGAACAAAAUACGUGCAAAUAAAAUGAAUUACAUGAUAUGCGCAGUAAAUGAGCAAGACUUAGCGGGAAAGUAAUGUUUCCAAGCAAUUAUAAGAAAUGUCCUGUGUCUAUGUAUCUCUGUUUUGUAUUUUUUCUGGUUCUAAACCAGUUUUUCUGUGAUUCUAUACUAAUGAUUUUUGAUAUAACCUUUUGCUUCUUAUAAUGAGUGCGAUAUUUGUUGUUGAAGCUAUGUUCUCCAAGAAUUAAAAUUGAAGAAAGAUGUUAGACAAAUAUGACAGUCCAAUCGCAAUGACAAUAUACUGAUGUUUGAACCUCCCCCACUUGAUGCUAUGGACAUGCAACUUCAGCAAAACUGACCUCAUGGACAUUUUAAGGAGAGGACACCGGUGAAACUUUUUUUUCUUGGUCGUGUGUGUGUGCGUGCGUGCGUGCGUGCGCACGAGUGUGUGUUGAGUCAAUCAUCAGCCAGAGUUAAAAGACAUGAAAAUCAAAAGCACUUUUAAUAUAUCAUUUUCAAAUCCAUUUUGUUUGUUUCGUCCUGAUAUUUUCGCUAUUUCUUUUUUGUUAUUAUUAUUAUUAUUGGAUGUUGCCUUUAAUUUUUGCUCAAUCCAUGAUAUGCCUGUGCUGAAGGGUCGCGUGAUAAAAGUUGUGUGAUGGUGACUAUACUAUUAAAAAGGAAAUAGGCAACACUGUCUCGCUCUCAGCAAAUUCAAUGUUGUUCAUGCUAUUGAUAUAUAAGCCAUUCUGAUGGCGGGGCUUUGGGUUGUGCUUUAAAUGGAUGUAGUGGUGCCAAAGGAAAUAAUUUAUUUCUGUUUGGUAAGGAAGGACAACUGAAAAACAUAGGGUUGUUUCAUUAAAACGUUUUGUUGUUGACAUGUAUGUUGAUAUUACAUUUCAAACCUUCCGAGAACUUUCCGGUGAUCCAUCAAGGGAAUUUUUGAAAUACUAUAAAACCUUAGAAUACCACAGAUGUUACAAAUGCAAGCAUUUGAAUGCAUUUGAGCGGCAUAUUUAUUCUCUGUGCUCUCUUUGGUGAGAAUGUGCGUUUUCUAUAUUAUCUGGAGGCAACACAUCGUGCGCAGAAUAAAAUUUGUGUGACGUUGCUGCCGACUGGUUCAAAGAUCUAUGCCUAUUUCAGCUCAUUAAUGUUUAAUAUUUUUCCCAGGCUGAACUGAAAUACUUGCUCACAGUCCAGGGAAAGAUGAACAGAAAUGCCAGCCC